ACAAACACCACACACAGUCCCCAAAACGCCGUCGUUUCAAAUCCUCAUGGCGGCCACAUCCCUCUCCGCCUCUCCAAUCGCCGCCGCAACAACCAAGUCCCUCCCCCACUCUCUUCUCCGCUCCAACCUCCCCACCUCCUCUCUCCGAUUACCCCAAACCCGGCCCAGAACCAAACCCCUACUCUGCGCCUCCGCCGCCGCAGUCGAUGUCGACCAAGCUCCGGCCACCGCCACACCCACCAAGACCCUUCCUUUCCGGGUCGGGCACGGGUUCGACCUGCACCGGUUGGAGCCCGGCUACCCUCUGAUCAUCGGCGGCAUCGACAUCCCUCACGAUCGAGGCUGCGAGGCUCACUCCGACGGGGAUGUGUUGCUUCAUUGUGUGGUGGAUGCUAUACUGGGCGCGUUGGGCCUCCCGGAUAUUGGGCAGAUAUUCCCGGAUUCGGAUCCUAAGUGGCGCGGUGCUUCUUCCUCUGUUUUCAUCAAAGAGGCUGUGAGGUUGAUGCACGAGGCAGGUUAUGAAAUUGGAAAUUUAGACGCUACCUUGAUUCUUCAAAGACCGAAAUUAAGCCCACAUAAGGAGGUUAUGAGGGCCAACUUGGCUAAGCUGCUCGGUGUCGACCCAUCUGUUGUGAAUCUGAAAGCCAAGACUCAUGAGAAGGUCGACAGCCUAGGAGAAAAUCGAAGCAUUGCAGCUCAUACAGUGGUUCUUCUUAUGAGGAAAUAGAGCCUUCAAUUCUAGUUAUGAUUCAAUACAUUUGUAUCUCAUCACGGCUCUAUCCUUUUAUGCUGCUUGGUAUAGGUAACCAAUUUGCUUACUCUUCAUGGCAUUUGGUUGGAACUGGAUACAUGUAAAGUUGGUUUCGUUCUCCUGAGCUCCUUUGAGAGAAAAGUCAUAACAUGGAGAUAGUGUUUCGUUCUCCUGAGCUCCUUUGAGAGAAAAGUCAUAACAUGGAGAUAGUAUUACUUGGACAAGAUGAUGUCACAUUGCACCAUUGAAGCUUAUGUAUGCAGUAAAGCCAAAGCAACGUGCGGCCUAAAUUAGGUAGGCUGUUUCAUGUGAAAUGUCUUGAUUGACCAUGAAAAUCCAGAGUAAGGCACAUGC